AUGAACAAUUUGUUGAAUGAGGUGAUGUCUCUCUGUGGGACGUGUCAGAAAGCACUUGAUGCCCUUGACAAAUACAAUUUGGAAAUGAACUUUGUAGACGACACUUCACUUCCACUUUCUGACCGAAUAGAACGCGCUGAAGUGUUUUUGAAGAGUCUGAAGGAAGUGCUGUCACAUCGUCAGAGUGUUGUAAACUCAUCAAAAGAAGUUCUCCAAAGACUUUCAGUUCUUCAAUCAAAUUUGGCACAUAAAAUUGAAGAAGUAGAAAGUGACAGUGAUGUCACAAAAUACACCAAAACAGUUGACGUCAUCACUGCGUUGUAUCGCGAAGAGUGUGACACACUCAAAAAGCCACUUGAAGACAAAAUAGUGAAUAUCGAGAAGACGAGAGACACAAAAAUUGAAACCAUCAAAAGCAUCGAGAACUUCACUUUUGUAGGAAAUGCACAAUUACAAAACACACAGAAAGCCGAGAAAACAGACAAAGAAGAAGUUGCAAAGCCGCAACACGUUGAGAACGGCCAAGUCAACUUCAGUGGGUCUCAAGAAAUCGAGCAAUUGAGUGGGUUGAAAGUCGGCGAAGUACUUUUUGACAGUGGCAGAGACAAUUGGGCCAAAAACACGUCAGUCUUUGGUGACAAAAUCCUUCACAAACAAAAUUUACUAUUUCUUGUCGAAGAUGACAACAGAAACAUCUUUGGAGGUGUUCUCUAUGAAAAAGUUGUGAAAGAAAAGGAGUUUGUUGGCAGUCAACGUUCCUUUGUGUUUUCGUUGGAGAGAAAUGGAAUUGUCAACCCACGAAAAUACGAAUUGAAAGGCUCAAACAACCAAUACGCGUUUUAUUUGUACUGCAAGAGUCACGAAUGUCUCUUUGGGUUUGGAGGUGGGCAUGCUAUUGGUGUCUUCAAGAAGGGGAGUCUCUCACGGUCUUACUGCAACCCAUCACUCCAAUCAUCGUCUUAUACUGCUAAACUUGGCGACUUGACUGAUGGGAGGUAUUUUAAAGUGAAGAGCAUCAAAGUGUAUCAACUCUACUAA